AUGUUGACUCUUAUCUCUCUCAAUGGAGACAUUCUUUGCAAUAAGGAGGAUAUAGCUAAGGAGAUUUUGGACUUCUACACAAAUUUAGUGGGAACUGCUUCCAUGGACCUGAAAGGUAUUAAUAUACCCUGUGUUGUGAGUGGUAAAAUCUUAUCUAGAGAGAGUGGCCUUGACCUGGUCAAGCCAGUGUCUAAGAGGGAAAUUUGGGAAGCCCUUGAUGGCAUAGGUAAUACUAAAGCCCCUGGGUUGGAUGGUUUUAAUGACUUCUUUUUUAAGGAAUCUUGGCAGAUUGUGAAGAUUGAUGUUUUUGAAGCUAUUCAAGAGUUUUUCAGGACUGGUAGAAUGCACAAGGCUCUUAAUUGCUCCCUGAUUACUCUGAUCCCGAAAUCUGGAGAGGCUAAAACCAUUAAGGAUUGA